AUGGAAGAACAAAUAAUAACAUCGGUCAUACAGCAUUCGUCAUCGAUAAAUAAUGCAUUUAUAUCGACAGUAGAUCAUUUACCUUGUGAUGUAAUACGAUCACUUUGGCUUGUUCAAGCGUGUAAUAUAUCUUUGGAUAACCAAAAAAAUAAACUCAAUUCAUUACUAUUAAAAUUACAGCAACCUAAUCAAGAAGGAGAAGAUAAGAAGGAGAUUAUAUCAGAAAUACUAUUGAUAAAGAAAAAGUUACGUGCACUCAAUGCUGAAUCCAUAGAAGAAUCGAAAGCAUUGUACAAUCAAUUAAUAACGCAUAAAUUAUCAUUGAAUGAUGAACUACAACAACUACAUACAAUAGCAAAUUCUUCUAGGACCUCAGGGAUGGAAGUAGACCAUAAUUCUACUAAUAACCAAUUGAGAGCACAAUUAAAAGAUCAUUAUAAGGCACACCCGUUAGUAUCGCAACGAGAGGCAUUGAAAGAACAAUCUAUGAAAACAAAAUCGAAUUCUGUUCGUGCUCCAUCGGGAAUAAAAUUAUUGCUAAAGAUACCCAAUAAGAAAAGUUCGUUAAGUACUAAUAAGAUUAAAAAGGCUACUCAAAAGAAAGAAAAAAGUAGUAAGUCACGCCAACCGGUCGCCGUACCUCAACCAGAACCUAUAUUCGAACCUGUGCCAGCAGUGGAAGAAGAUAAUAAUGUAUAUUGUUUCUGUAAACAGCCGUCAUUUGGUGAUAUGAUUGGCUGUGAUAAUGAAGAAUCGUGUCCCAACGGAGAUUGGUUUCACUAUAAAUGUGUUGGGCUCUUGAAUAGAGUAGACGCUUUGAAGUAUACUACUGGAAAGCAAAAAUGGUUCUGCUCUGAUCAUUGUAAGUCUGUAGUAAUGGGAAAUAAGAAGGAAUCAGAUAACAAGAAAAAAAAGAAAAGAAGGAGAAGAAUGGGUUAUUAG